GUUCAUUGUUAACAGGUAUUAUUUGAUUUUUAAUUUAACAAAAUGGCACACUGGUUUCAUCGUAACGUGUUAAAAGCAACGACAAACCAAAAAUUUGAUUUUAAAAUAAGUAAUUCUACCGAUGCUACAAGGAAACUAUGCAGCGAUUUGAGAUUGUCAAGAUAUCGUCUUUUAGACUUGAUAAAAAAUCCAAAUAAUUCGAGUGACUCUAUAGAACCAGCAUUCCAUAGUUAUUUAAGUUUAUUAUAUGGAUUUAUAUGGGAAAUAAAUUCAUCCGCAGAACAAAAUCAACAUGUUGGCAGGCCCAAUCCCAGUAAACUUAGAAAUGUUCUUGUGUAUAAAUGGACACAUACAUUAUUGGGAACAAACACUUAUUCCAGUGCUGAUUCUGUUUAUGAAGCAGCUAAUAUGAGUGUGAAUAUAGGACUUUGGUUUAUGAAACAUGCUGCAAUGAUUGCUGCUAAAGAUGACAUAAGCAUGAAUGAAGCAAAAGAUGUGCAUACGAUGCUUAGAAGGGCUGCAGGAAUAUUUACUUUUGUACAAACAGAAUUUUUGCCACAAUUGGCAAAUCCUCCACCAUUAGGAAGUGACCUAGAUCCACGAAUAUUGAACGCAUAUGUGAAUCAAUGUACAGCAGAAGCACAAGAAGUAACAGUAGCCAGAGCAGUGGAAUUAAAACAUAAUGCUAGCUUGAUAUCAGCUUUGGCUAAUGAAACAAGCAAAUUAUUUUUGGAUGCUGCUAAUACACUACGUCCAUUUAAACCAGAAAUAUCAGCUCAGUGGAUUAAAUACUUAGAGUUCAAAGCAGCUUUUUAUCAAUCUUACGCCUACAAUUAUUGUGGUGAGAAUUUGUUAGCAAUGGAUAAAUGUGGAGAAGCAAUUAAAGCCUUACAAGAAAGUGAAACUUGUUUAAAGAAGGCUAAAUUAUUAUGUCAAGAAUAUGGAAAAAUGAAUGGACCAGCACCCAAGGUAAAACCAGAUCAACAUGCUGUAUUUAAACGGUUAGCACCUAUAGUGAAGCUGACUCUUGAUAAAUGUAAUCGAGAAAACGGUUUAAUUUAUCAUCACACAAUACCAGGAGAAGUUCCAGUAUUAGAUACGAAAGCUACCUUUGGUUUAGUGAGUCCUAUUGAUUUUCAAAUGCAAUCUCAUCAUCCAGUAUGGAAUAUAGAUACGUAUAAAACAUUAUCUGGUUUGAAUGCUGCAAAAACAGAAAAAGAGCAAAAUUUACCUCCUGUUAAAGAAGAUGCAGUUCACCAGAGUACUAAGGAUCCAAAAAAUGAAAGCGGUUGUAUAUUACAAUAAGCUUCUUAAUACAAGAAUAGAAGUAGUAAAUUAAAUUCAUUGCUUUUCUAUCAUGUUAAGAUUAAAUGUCGCUAUAAAAUUCACAAUCCACAUAAUCAGUAUUUUAAUUAUUUUAUUUAUGCUUAAUAAUAUAGACGAGUGAUCGCAACUUUUAAUUAAAAACUAAAAUAAAUUGCACCAGUGUUUGAAAUGAAUUGUUGACACAUUAUAGAUAAUAUUUUUAAAUACAUACGAGAAUUAUGUAUAAUUUACGCCUGUGCAAUAUGUACAAUAUCCAAGUAUCAUGCAUAUAAUUUAAGUGUUAUGUCUUUUAUUUAAAAUUGUAUUGAUUUGUACAAUGUUAUUUUUAUAUUAUUUUCGGAAGCAGUGCAAAUGCAUUAUUAUUAUUUUAUUUUCAUAUUACUAUACAAGCUAGUCAGCGUCGAUAAGAAAAAUAUUUUAAAUUUAACGUAGCAAUUUUAAAAUUUAUACUUGCGCGUGCAAUGGUUACACGUGCCUGUUUUUCUAUGAAGAAUUUUGUAUGCGAUAUAUUUUUCAAAUGAAAUUCUUAAUACUCAAAAUAUACUGACAACAUUAUACAUGAAGAAGCGUGCUUCAAAAUUACGUUUUAUAUUUAUCGAGGCUAUACAAAAUAUUAAAAUAUUUAAUCUGAUAAGUUUACUUUUAAAUUGUAUAUUGCUAAGAAUCGACCAAUAAGUAUAUCUAGUUGUAUAUACGCAUUUUAAAAUGUAAAUUACAUGUUAUGUAUUUAUUUAAAAAAUAUUCAAAGCUAACAUUCGCAAUAAAGAAUACGUACUA